UGGUGAAACAAAACCCUCUCUCCCCAAAAACCCAAACCCUUGGCGGCUGCGAGACUCGUUCUCUCUCUCUCUAUCCAUCUUCUCUCUCUAUCACUCUAGGGUUUCUCAAAUCUUCGAUUUGGGGCUUAAACCCUUUGUAUCUCGAUUCAGAUUCAGAUUCGUUUUGGGGGUUUCUGUUUCGUGAUUUUUUUUUUGUUCAGAAGAAAGAACGAGAUCUCGUUUUAUCGAUUUGAAUAUGGCUGCCGUUGCAAAUUCCGCGGAUCAAGCAGUUGAAUUGAUGCAGAAGUUCACAUUAGAACCUCAGCCCAAGUCCGUUGAAAUUCCCGAGCCAAACAAGAAGGCUACAGGUAAUCAAUAUGGAUCAGUUGAGAAUGGAAAUGCUCUGAAUGGUCAGAUCCCAUCUUAUGAAAGGUCCCUAACGCCUGUGUUGCCGGAAUUUAUGGAUCCCGCCAUGUGCUAUCUCCCAAAUGGCUACCCAUCUACCGCCUUUUAUUAUGGUGGUUAUGAAGGUACUGGUAAUUUUGAGUGGGAAGAUUUUUCUCGAUACAUGAGUCCCGAUGGAGUUGAUUUGACUUCUGGAGUCUACGGGGAUAAUGGUUCUCUAGUUUAUCACCAUGGAUAUGGAUAUGCACCCUACGCACCCUACUCUCCUGCUGGUUCUCCAGUCCCAACCAUGGGAAAUGACGGUCAGUUAUACGGGCCUCAACACUAUCAGUAUCCCCCUUAUUUUCAGCCCUUGACUCCAACCAGUGGGCCAUUCACACCUACUCCUGCUGUCCAUCCCCAGGGUGAAAUUUCCACCUCUGUAGCUGCUGAUCAGAAGCCUCUUUCUGUGGAUACUGCAAAUGGAAAUUCCAAUGCUGUUUCAAAUGGAAGUGCUAAAGGUCGCACUACUUCUGGUUAUCAGGAUCCCAGAUUUGGUUUUGACGGAGCUCGCUCACCUGUCCCAUGGCUAGAUGCCCCAAUAUUUUCAGAUGGGCAGCCAAGACCUGUAACUAGCACUGCGAUCUCAUCCUCAAUAUCAAGUGGCAACAAUGGUACUGCUUCAAGGAACCAAACUUACCGCCCCAAUUCUCAAUAUAUGGGUUUGCAUCAUCCUAGACCAAUUCCUGCCAUGGGAGCCAACCCUGGGUUCAUGAGUAGAAUGUAUCCAAACAAGUUAUAUGGGCAGUAUGGCAACACAGCUAGAUCAGGUAUGGGUUAUGGAGCACAUGGGUAUGAUUCUCGUACAAACGGGCGAGCCUGGCUUGCUGUUGACAACAAGUACAAAACAAGAGGAAGAAAUGGUGGUUACUUUGGGUAUGGCAAUGAGAACACCGAUGGUUUGAAUGAACUGAACAGGGGACCUAGGGCCAAGGGUGGCAAGAACCAAAAGGUUUUUGCACCGACUGUUCUUGCUGUGAAAGGGCAGAAUUUGCCAGUUAGUGCCGAUGAAGAGAAGGAGAAGACUUCUAAUAUUCCAGACCGUGAGCAAUACAACAAGUCUGAUUUUCCAGAAGAAUACACUGAUGCUAAAUUUUUUGUCAUCAAGUCUUAUAGUGAGGAUGACAUUCACAAAAGCAUCAAGUAUAAUGUAUGGGCCAGCACACAAAACGGUAACAAGAAGCUUGAUGGUGCUUACCAAGAGGCUCAGCAGAAACCUGGUGGCUGCCCUAUUUUCCUUUUGUUCUCAGUUAAUACAAGUGGUCAGUUUGUUGGGCUUGCAGAGAUGAUUGGUCCUGUUGAUUUUAACAAAAGUUUGGAAUACUGGCAGCAAGAUAAGUGGAAUGGUUGUUUUCCUUUGAAGUGGCACAUUGUCAAGGAUGUUCCUAACAAUGUGCUGAGACACAUUACAUUGCAGAACAAUGAAAACAAACCUGUCACAAACAGUAGGGAUACUCAGGAGGUACUAUUGGAGCCAGGUCUGAAGUUGAUCAAGCUUUUCAAGGAAUAUUCUAGCAAGACAUGCAUUCUGGAUGAUUUUGGUUUCUAUGAGGGCCGCCAGAAGACUAUUUUGGAGAAGAAAGCAAAGCAGCAAUUCCCAAAGCAGGUUUGGGAAGGGAAGCCAACGGAGGAAAAGGUAGAGGUGAAUGGUGAAAUAAAUACUCAAAAAUCUGAAGUUACCUCGGAGUUGCUCAAGGAAUCGUCUACCAUUGCUGUGAAGGACACUGAAAACCACACACUUUCUGAGAAUGGAGCUGUUGCCAAAACUGGAGAUGCCCCGAAGGGUGCUAAGCCAGUUGUAUCUGAGAGUAAAAUCGUACCGAACGGGGUUGCUAAUGGUUGCUAAGUACUCUACUGCUUCCAAAGAGGCGGUGAUUGAGUUUAAUGGCAUAUAUGUUCAUCCUUUGCAAUACUAAAACUCAGCAACUUGGUUCCGCCUGAUUGGAUCCGUCUCGCCUUCUCCUGCUGUGUGAAGAUGAUUGGUGAUUAGUGAGAUCUGUACAUUGAGAUAGGCUGAGCGGAGGUAGUUGAUAGAAUGCUAGCACCAGCCCCAUGUAAUUGCGUUUUGUUUACGGUGGUUAGUUCCUAACAGGUUUUUUCUCCUAGGGUUUUUUUGGGUUUUAGGGUUUCUGCUUAAGAUUCUUAUAUGUUUUUGUUCGCUUUUUUUCUUUCCUUUUUUUUUUUACUUGGAUGCUCGGUUUCUUGUCUUUUACUUUGUUGGCGAGUAGCAAGGGGUAGAUGCAAGGUGGAAAAUACUUGAAAUAUAGUUUGCUUUAAGUUUUUUUAAGUCUGGUUAAAUUAAAUUUUGAUGAUUGAAUUGCGCCUACCAAGAAAAAUAUAAUGGACAAUCUAUUAUGUAAUCGGGUGUUUUUCUGGCUAUGAAGUUCACCAUAUUUAGUUCUA